CACCAUCUAUAUAAAUUGAUCCUAGAGUCCUAUUCUACUUGUGUGAUUACAUAUAUAGUAAUUGGCAGUUAGCAGUUUUUUUUAAGAAAGCAAAGAAUGAAAAUGUCGUCUAAGGUCACUAGAGCCACCUUUUGCCUCGCAGUCUUAUUCCUCUUCUUAACCUUCACAUAUGCAGGAAGAAGUAACCCUGCUUCUCCCUCUACCGUUUCAAUCAAAACUCAACACGGGGUUUUGGAAGAGGAGAAGUUGGACGUGGAGGAAACUUGUGAUGGUAUUGGCGAAGAAGAAUGCUUGAUGAGAAGAACACUUGUGGCUCACACAGAUUAUAUCUACACACAGAAGCACAAACCAUGAGAUCAAGGCCUGGCUUUCUCAUCGAAUUCAGCCUAUGCAUCGCUCGUUUACCCUUGUAAUUUAUGUAUGAGUAAUUCUUUUCUUCUGCCACUUGAAAUUUGAAGAAAUGCUUAUAGGAGUUUUUUAUACUCUAAAUUAAAAGAUGUAUUCCUUUUGGUUUCAUAUUGUAUACUAAUGUAAUAUGUAUAUACCGAUUUUGGUAGAUAUAAAUUUUGGAUACUACAGUCA